CUCUCCCCAACAUACCCUAAUCAUUCAAUACCCUAGUAAACGUUAAUUGCAAUGUCGCAGGACGAGAUCUCACAGGUGCUUGAGGCUUUACAGAAACAAAUACAUGAGCUUUCCAAUGAAAAUACUAAGCUGCGCGGUCAUCUUGAAGAAAAUGAAUCUGCUCAUACGCAAGUUACCAAUGAAUACGAUUAUCUUACAAAGAAAUAUAAUACAAUAUCUCAAGAAAUUAGUACCUAUCGCAAUACACAAGCUAGAAUGGAAAACCAAAUCUAUAACUUAGACCAAGAUCUUGUGGCAGCACGAAAAGAAGCACAGUCACUCACUAAGGCAAAGAAGGAUGCUGAGAAAAAGCUGACAGUAGAAAUGGAAAAUUUUGAAAACGACCGCGUCAAGUGGCAACAGAGAGAAGCUGAUUUAUACAACCAAAUCAGAUCCAUUAGUGCAGCUAAUGGUGAUCCCAGAACACCACGCCGAAGAAGUAUUACGGCCAAUAGUUUAGGCGCUGGAUCCUUACAACAGUAUGGGUCGUCUCUUGGCAAUAUAUCCGAGGUCAGUCCGACGCCAUCUAUGUCGACACCUCAUGCUAAUGGUUCCGUCGGAGAGAUCGGAACGCCAAAGCUUGCAGUAAUAGAUUCUAGUUUUGCUAGAGAAGCGAAAAUCGCCUCCAGAACCAUUAAAGCUCAAGACAAGCUUAUUUCAGACCUCAAAGCAGAAGUCGAAAAGCAAAAGAACGCUGUUCAGGAAAAUGUAUCACAGCUCCAGCUACAGUCCCUGAAAAUGAAGCAUUUAGAACAUGAAAUUACCAAUGUAAAACAGCUAAAUAGAUCUUUGAUGGAGGAUAAUGAGAGCUACCAGAUGCUACUACACGAAAAAACAAUGAACGGCGAAAUCAUGCUCAACUCGUUCAUGCAGUCUUCUGAUGCAUCUAACAAGGAGAAGGAAAUUGGCCAUCAAGAUGUACAGCCGCAACCUAGUCAAAGCACGACCACUGGGCUCAACUUAGCUGCCGAAUUGAACAUGGCUUCGGGGCCAACUGGCUGGGAGACAAAUGAGAGAGAGCAAGAUGAAAAAGAUGCAAAUAUUAAGAAACUCAACGAAGAGGUUAAGACACUACAAGACACAAAUCGAGCCCUUCAACUUUACAUGAACAAGAUCUUGAUGAAGAUUGUAACAGACAAACAGUUGUUAGACGUACUAAGUAUCGAUGCGCCUAAACCAAAGACUCCCGAACCAGAGCCAAAGGCACUCCCAAAAGUCAGUGGUCCAAUGCCUUCUAAAACUACGUCCACCGGUUAUACUGGAAAGUCGAGUGACAAUCGUGCGCAACGACGUCGAACUAUCUCAUAUUGGGGAUCUCGUGCAUCUAAUCCUGCUGUCGCUGCUCUGGCAGAAGUUGAGGAGAAAGCCAAUGACAAUGUUAGCAAAGCAGACACAUCAAUUCCUAUUGCUGAACCGAUUGCAGCUGAGAAGAAUCUGAGGAGACAUAGCACUCUGUCGGAGAAAGCAAAUGGAAAUGCUGGAAGUUGGGCUAAAACCUUGCGAAGGAUGACUGUCAUGGGUUGGUCAAACAACCCAGCCAAACCUGAUUCAAGUGAAGACUGGAGUGAUAAGGAGCAGGAUGCUUCUUCUCUUCAAGUUUCCCGCUCAGGAAGUUCAUCACCUUCACUUAGACGUAGCGGUGAAAGAGAUUCUCUAGGAACACUUGAAGAAGAAUAAACUAGUACCAUCAUGAGUGAAUAGUCGCUCGUGAAUUUGCUGUAUAUCACAUACAGCGUUACAGGCUACGUUUUACUUUUUUGUCAUGCUGUUGGUGUCGCGGUGUAUGUGCACGAUUCCUCUUACUUCAUACCUUCCUUCACCUACUUUUUACACCAUACCUCAUAAUAGACGUACUUUAUAAAUCAUAUACGUUUGCGAC